AUGGCCCACGCGACCCACGAUCCAGAUGCUUUCCAUCCUAUUAUGGCUGUGCGCGGAACACAUCCAACACAUGCUUCCUGUUAUUCAUCCCGCUGCAUGAACAGACCGAAACUCGAAUUUGCCCUUGCCCUUCCUCCCUUACACCUCUUGCUCCAUUCAAAGCAUCCAAAUAUUUUGCUUCUUUUCUAUGACUCACUACUCGGAACGCCCAAGAGUAAUGUGGAUGAACUAGCUCGACUUGGAAUUCAGUCCUUGAAAGCCUCAUUGCUUUGCAGAUUCUGGGUUUCUUCCGACUCGAUUUCGUAUGCCAUUUGUCUAUCGCUUCUUGACCCGGCCAGCCCGAAAGACCCUCCGACCCAAACGACAAACAACAAAGACCAGCUGCUCAGUCGGUCACCUGUUCAAAUCCUAGCGCUUAUUAUUUAUAAUCCAACCCUCUUUGAUCCCACCAACGAAUUCAAGUUCUUCCCCACAUACAAAUCUGACUUACUCUAUUCACCUAUUUUCCCGGCAUUGACGAUCCUAGCUUUAACCCCCUGA